AUGGACGAAGAACUCUCCAUUGGUCUUUCGGCUGUCUCCACAAGGAGCGCAGCCACGUGUCAAGUGUGUCGUCGCGCAGUUUCCAAGUACACCUGCCCAAAAUGCCGCGCGCGUUCCUGCUCCUCCAAGUGCUACAAAGUCCACAACGCUGGACGGUGUGCGAAGCAGUUUCAAGAGGAACAGGUCGUAGAGGCCGUGAAGGCAGCCAGAGUCACGGCCAUCGACAAGCGUCGGUUUGAACUCAAACUCUCCCGCCUGCGAAAACAGGAACUUGGCGAAGAGGAAGACGAGGAAGAAGAGGCCGAAGAUGACGAGGAGCAGAGGAAGGAUCGGCGAGAAGAAGAAGAAGAACCAGGGGAGGACUCUGCGCUGCUUGAGGGUAUGGACGAUGAACGGCACGCGCAGUUAAUCGAACUGGCGCAGAAAGGAAUGCUCGACGAGGACUCCCUGACCGAGGAAGAACGGAGAGCCUUUCACAAUGCACUGGGAACAGGCGCCCUCGCCCAGUACCUAGAGCCCUGGGAGCCGUGGUGGCAAAAAGGGUCUCUGUACGCGUAUGCGCACUGCAUGCGGAGUUACAACGGCGAAGUCGAGGACGUGGAGCUUCAAGAGGCUUGUCAGCACAUACUGGCGAUCGCUCAGGCUCUGGGCUCCACGCAGCCCCCGCGCACUCCCAUGGAGGCUCUUGACGUGGCGCUCGGAGCCACAUCAUCUGAAGCCGUGCAGUGCAGAGACCCCGCAUUCAACGCGCUUUGCCUCCAAGACUUGCAGGGCGUGUUCACCUGCCGGGAACAUGCGUUCCGCGCAAUUGAGGAGAUUCUCGAGAUGCUUCACGGUCUGCUGCUGAUGGUCGCCGAAGUCCAAGAGGAAGAGCAAGCGGAGGCGCAGCGGCAAAUGGCCGGCCAGCGGCGAGAGAGGGCGAACGGAGCGCGGAGAGAGGACGGCGAGGCACUGAAGAAAGCGUUGAAAGAGCGGCGACAAUAUCUCAAAACUCUUGGCCGCCAGGUGCAAUCAAGCGAGAGGAAAAUUCUUUUUCUCGGCUCCUUCGCGUGGCAUCACUGGGGAGAGGUGUCUGCGUUGCUGCCUGCCGCGCUGGCCCAGGUCAAGGCCAAGGAGGCGCAGCUGCAGGUUCUCCUCAAGGAGAUCAAAGCUAUGGACGCUAGCAGAGCGGCUGCAGCGCGAGCGUCGUCAAUGGCUCGCCGCUGCGAUGCCAUCGGGGCAGUGUCGCUCGCCGCUCUCUCGCCAGGCGCCAGCGGGAGCGCGGGCGCGCCGCGCGUUUCCCCAGAAACCAGUCUGCCUGCAACUGCGCGGCAACCUUUUGCAUGCACUCCUGUCAGUACAGAGACGGGGCGCAACGCCACGCGACGCAGUCUCGACGCAGGGCAAAACACAGCUGAUACGUCGAGUGCAGGAGCCGAUGCGCUUCCCAGUUUGACCGGGAAGAGCAAAGCGGAGGCUGGCGGGGCCUCGGCGGCAGACGGAGAAGACGCGGAGUCCUCUGGCGAACGCGACGCGUCUCUUGCCGCCAUGGGCGAGAAAGAUUCCAGGAGCGGCGCAGAAGCUGAGCGUCCGGAAAAAAGGGAGGUGGAAGCGGUCACCCUGCACACACGUCUCAUAGAAGAAUGCUAG